AUGGCAACGCCACUAGAGCUACUUAAGACCCUCCCGGCAUUAAUUCCCGAAUAUGACGGGAACAGCACAAAACUUAACCGCACGGUGGCUGCACUUAGGGCUGCCAAAACGAUCAUCACCGACACUAACAAGGCAAUGGCAAUCCAACUGAUUUUGUCACGUUUCGACGGAAAAGCCAAGUUAGCGGUUGGUGACAACCCAGCAUCGGUGGACGACAUCAUAAAAGCACUCGAGUUAAAGUGCAGACAGGUCAUUUCGCCCGAAUCAAUCGUCGCAAAAUUGAACGCCACCAAGCAGUCGGGCGACGCUACUAAAUACAUUGAGCAGGUGGAGAAGCUCACUGUGGAGCUGGAGCAAGCUUACAUAAGCAACAGCAUCCCAACAGCAGUAGCGGAAAAAAUGGCCGUCCAAGCAGGCGUUAAGGCGCUCGCUUCGGGAGUGAAGAAUGCGGAAACUAAAAUCCUGCUAAAAGCAGGCCAAUUUCAUACAAUGGCCUCAGCAGUAGAGAAGGUUCUCGAGAACGAGAACCAAGGUACGACAAGUGUUCUGUCCUUCCGCACAGAGCACAGCAACUACCAAAACGGUUACAAUCGUAACAGGAACCGCGGAAACCAAAACCGCCAAUACCACGGGAAUAACCAGGGGAACAACGACCGCCGGAAUAACCAGCGAUACAACAACAAUUAUCGCAACAACGGUCACAACAAUUACCAAAACAACCGGAACGGUCAGGGGAACAAUACCAACAACAGGUACAACAAUAACUCUAACCAAAACAGGAACCAAGGAUCGCAGGUCUAUUAUACAUCCUCGGAAAACUUUCCCCUCCCCCAACAACCCAGCGUUGGGGGCCAAGACAACGGACACCAACAAGCACAAAGCGCGUGUCCACCACCCAGCAAAUAG